UUAGAUGCGACCCAAGGAGGAUUCAGAUAAAUUUGUAGUUGGAGUAUAAAUUUAUUUGGGGGCUUUAACUGGUUUGGCACAUAUCCGGUCGUAAUCCGCGCAUCGCGCCACGCAAUUCCAGAAAUCGGGCGACACCACCAAGUAAACUAGUCCACAGUCCACACUCGAUUUCCUCGCAAACCAAACCCCACACAGCACACGAAGAGCCCCUCUCUCUCUCUCUCUCUCUCUCUCUCUCCCUCUCUCUAAACGGUGAUGUGAACAUCCCAUAAACCCAACUCAACAAACAUCCCUUAAACCCCAGAAAAUCGGCGUUUAGAAAAUCACCGCAAAAGCUUCGAAAUGGCGUUGUUGGGGUCACCAUGGAUGCUGCGUUUGAUCCACAUUGCUCUGUUUUGUAGUCUCUGUUUCGCGGAAGACCCAUAUGCCAACUUCCAAUUGGAGCUCUCUUACAUCACUGCUUCCCCUUUGGGCGUCCCUCAACAGGUUAUUGCUGUUAAUGGAACUUUUCCUGGUCCAACUCUUAAUGUUACUACUAACGACAAUGUUGUGGUUAAUGUCAAGAACAAAUUGGAUGAAGAUCUCCUCAUUACUUGGCCAGGGGUGCAAAUGCGUCGUAAUUCUUGGGAAGAUGGGGUUUUGGGCACCAAUUGCCCCAUCCCUGCAGGGUGGAACUGGACCUACCAGUUUCAGGUUAAGGAUCAGAUCGGCAGCUUCUUUUAUUUUCCGUCACUCAAUCUUCAGAGAGCUGGUGGUGGGUUUGGAUCUUUUAUUAUCACUAAUCGGGAUAUCAUCCCGCUGCCUUUCAAGACACCGGAUGGGGAUAUCGUCAUUAUCAUCGGUGAUUGGUACAUCCGAAGCCAUACGGCACUGAGAUUGGCCCUUGAUGCUGGGAAUGACCUUGGGAUGCCGGACGGAGUCCUAAUUAACGGGAAGGGACCAUAUCAGUAUAAUACCACACUUGUCCCAGAUGGCGUUGACUAUGAAACCAUCAAUGUUGACCCUGGAAAAACUUACCGAAUUCGUGUGCACAAUGUUGGGGUCUCAACUGCUUUAAACUUUCGGAUCCAGAAUCAUAACUUGCUUCUAGCAGAAACGGAGGGAUGCUACACAAUGCAACAGAAUUAUACUAGCUUAGAUAUCUACGUUGGGCAGUCUUAUUCAUUUUUGGUUACCAUGGAUCAGAAUGCAAGCAGCGACUACUACAUUGUAGCAAGUGCUAGGUUUGUGAAUCAGUCUAUUUGGCAAAAUGUUACUGGUGUUGCUAUCUUGCACUAUUCCAAUUCACAAGGAAAGGCAGCUGGUCCCCUCCCUGAUCCACCAAAUGAUGUUUAUGAUAAGUCAUAUGCAAUGAACCAGGCAAUGUCCAUCAGGCAAAACGGAUCUGCAAGUGGAGCUCGCCCUAACCCUCAAGGUUCAUUUCACUAUGGUUCAAUCAACAUAACAGACACAUACAUACUAAGCAGCAUGCCACCAGUGGUGAUUAAUGGGACGACCCGAACUACAUUAAAUGGGAUUUCGUUUGUUAAUCCUGAUACACCAAUUGGGUUGGCCGAUCAGUACAAAGUCCAAGGUGCUUACAAGCUUGAUUUCCCAAGCACGUCACUGACUGGACCGCCUCGAAUCGACAGAUCCGUCAUUAAUGCUACAUACAAGGGUUUCAUUGAAGUCGUAUUGCAGAACAAUGAUACAGUGGUGCAGAGCUUUCACAUAUCCGGUUAUGGAUUUUUUGUGGUUGGGAUGGCUUAUGGGAAUUGGACAGAAAACAGCAGGAAUUCAUACGAUAAGUGGGAUGCUAUAAUUCGCUCUACAACACAGGUUUUUCCUGGGGCAUGGACGGCAGUUCUGGUUUCUCUUGACAAUGUCGGAGUGUGGAAUCUCAGGACGGAGAAUCUCGAUAGAUGGUAUCUAGGCCAAGAGACAUACAUGAGGAUUGUAAAUCCAAAAGAUGACAACACAACUGCAUUGCCUGCGCCCGGCAAUGUUCUUUACUGUGGUGCCCUAGCCUACUUGCAGACGCCACAGAAAACGUCCUCUUCCGCAUCAACUAUCAGUGGACAACAUAGACUGUAUCUCAUGUUGCUGGUGCUAUUUUCUGCUGCCAUCUCAGUUUUAUGCUGAGUUUUCCUGCUAUAUAGUGAGAACAUUUCAAAGUUUCCAACAUUUGGGCAACUGUAGCUUGGCUUUGUUGUAGGUGGUUUGUUCCGUUAGGCUUGAUUUGGUUUACAGUGUUUAGUUGUAAGUGUGUAGGUCUGGGGGAAAAAAAAAAAGUUAACCAAAAUUUUUCGUGGUGUUCAUUGACUUGACAGUUAAUUCUGGGGGGUUUCGUUGUUUGUCGUGCAACAAGUGCAUACUGAUGAUGGUUAACCAACCCGUUUCAAAGUUUCAAUACCAUUUGAUUUGUACCCAACUCCUGUCGUUGUAUCCGAACGGAAAUUGUUUCGUUAAUUCGAAAAAUGGUGUUUGUUUUGGUA